AUGUCUGAUAUUGGGACCUACUACAACAUUAUCGUGUUCAGCCUCUCGACGGGCUAUGUACUCAUCACCGGGUUGGGGUACGUGUGUUACUUCAGAAUGCGGGCCCUGGAGGACCGGGUGGGCGAGCUGCACGACGGCGAGUGGAAGCUGCACGCUCGUCUACGAGAGUACAGAGAGUCCAUCGCGCAUGACGAGGAGCGGCUGCAGGAGCUCGAGGAGCAGGUGGAGGUAUUAAAGCAACGGCUGGCCGAGAUGAAGGCGACCGAGUGCCCGAUCCGGGUGGCCGAGGUUGAUGAACAAAUGUUGCUGGACAUCCACUCAGAAAUGGAGGAACGGAGCGACUGA